AUGAAGGUAGAGGAGCUUGUACUGGAUGGCUUCAAAUCUUAUGCCGUGAGAACUGUCAUCUCGUCUUGGGAUCCACAGUUCAAUGCCAUAACAGGAUUGAAUGGAUCUGGGAAAUCUAAUAUCUUGGACGCGAUUUGCUUUGUUUUAGGAAUAUCGAGCAUGUCUACAGUCAGGGCAGCAAGUUUACAGGAUUUAAUUUACAAAAGAGGUCAGGCAGGAGUUACGAAGGCCUCAGUGACUAUCACCUUCGAUAACAGCGACAAAUCCAAGUCUCCCAUUGGUUUCGAACAAUAUUCAAAAAUAAGUAUAUCUCGUCAGGUUCUGCUUGGAGGGACUUCUAAAUAUCUUAUCAAUGGUCAUAAGGUUCAGCAAUCACAGAUACUCAAUCUUUUGCAGUCAGUUCAGCUUAACAUCAACAAUCCUAACUUUUUGAUAAUGCAAGGGAAGAUCACGAAGAUGUUAAACAUGAAACCAACUGAGAUCCUUGGACUAGUUGAGGAAGCUGCGGGGACGAAGAUGUAUGAGGGACAGCGAGAAAAAGCUGAGCGAAUAAUGGCUAAAAAGAAUAUAAAGCUGGAAACUACCGAGAAUCUUCUCAAGGAAGAAGUGGAACCCAAACUUAGACAUCUGCGGGAACAGAAACGUACAGUGAUGGAAUUUCAAGAUAUUAUCAUCGAGUUGGAAACCCUUUCCAAAGCAGUUGCAGCUCAUGACUAUCAAAUAUUUCUUAGAAAACUGGUAACUCAAGAAGAAGUAGUCGAAAAAGACAAAAUGCAAGUGCAGCAACUUGAAUCUAAAGUUCAAACUUUGGAAAGCGAAAUCAAAACGCUGGAGGAAGACCUAAAAGAUAUGCGUGCACGGAAACAAAACGAAAUAGGUAAGGGAACCACUUUAAAGGAGCUCGAAGCGACUGAAACUGAGUUGACAAAUUCAUUGACUAGAACUGUGACAGCGAAGGACCUGAAAUUACAGAUUCUCGAGGAGGAAAACACCAAGUUGAAGAAUCUGAGCUUGAAGUUAGACAAGCAAAAGAAACUACAAAACAGUUCUGAUGAAGCCUACAAGAUCGCUGAAAUGGAAUUUAAUCGUCGAAAAACAUAUGUGGAGAAUCUCACUGAGCAAUUGAGACAAAGAGAGGAUCUCUUAUCCACGCUUUCUACGGGCCUAUCUUCUAAAGGGUCAACCGAUGGAGGAUUUCUAGCUCAGUUGCACAACAGUAAACAGAAGCUGUCCCGGAUCACUGUAGAGAAAGAAAAAUCACGUCACAGAAUUGACCAUUUGAAGAACGACAUAUCCUCAAAGAAAGAUAAAAUUAACUCUGCUAAGGAUGAAGUUGAUUCCCUAAAUCAAAAAAUAAAAAUUAAGGAAGACCUUUGUACAAAAAUGUCCGUCGAUCUUGAGAGAAUAGGUUUCUUCCCAGAAAAGCUUAAGUCUUUGAAAGAUCAAGAGAAAAAUUUAAGCCACGAGUUAUGCAGACUUCGGCACAAAAUAUCCGAGUUUCAUCGCGCUCAUCCUAACUUGCUCUUUGAAUUUGAUGCUGUCAAUGCGGGGCUAGAUUCUACCUCCGUCAAGGGGUUAGUCGGAGAACUUUUUACGAUUAGUGAAUUGAACAAUAAAUCUACGACGGCCAUCGAAGUCUGUGCUGGUGGGAGAUUGUAUAAUGUUAUUGUUGACACAGAGAAGUCAGGCUCUAAAUUAUUGGACAAGGGGAAUUUGAGAAGGCGAGUCACAAUAAUUCCACUGAAUAAAAUAACUUCAAAGACGAUUAGUGACACCCAACUGACUGCCGCAAAAUCCCUGGCCCCAGGAAAGGUAGAGCUCGCACUGAAUCUGAUUGAACACGAUCCCGAAUACAGCAAAGCAAUGCAGUUUAUAUUUGGAAAUCGCUUGAUUUGCGAGGAUCCUGAAACAGCGAAAAAGGUUACUUUCGAUCCAAAGGUGAGAACUGCGUCCAUUACACUGGAUGGGGAUUUAUAUGACCCAGAAGGCCGACUUUCUGGCGGAUCUAGACAAAGUGCCUCUUCUAUUCUUUCUGCAUUUGCAGAGCUCAGAAAUUUUAGAGAACAAGAACGUCAUCUCUUUUCUGACUUGCACACGGUACAAAAGGAGAUUCAGGAACAAGAAAUUCUGAGCAAACAAACGGGGGCACUUCAACGUGACCUCAAGAUGGAAUUUUAUCAAAAGAGCAUUUUGUUGAGGCAACUUGAGCAUUCUGAGGCGGCUAGACUACUUCAAAGGGUGAAACACGAUGAGGCUGAAAUAAAAGAGCUUGAAAAGCUGAUUCAAGAUCUAGAAAAUGAGGGCAUCAGGGUUCAAGCAGAAAUCGAGUCUCUUCAAAAUGAUAUGAGAGAUUUUGAUAAUGACGGAGAAGGAAAGCUUCUCGCACUUCGGCAGGAAAUCAAUGAGCUUGCUACUCUCAUUGAUGCCGAGAAAAUGCAAUUGAAAUUGUCACAAAAGGGAUUCCAACAGCAUCAGAUUGGCCAAGAUGAACGCCAAUCGGACCUUCGUGUCCUUGAGAAGCAAAUUGAAGAUUCAGGGAAAACUAUCAUGCUAUUGAAAAGUGAGAUUAGGAAGGGUGAAGAAGAACGUGUCCAUCUGACUGCGGAGAUUGCCAAGAUCAGGAAUUCAAUCACUCAAGAAAAGUCAAAGAUGGUAGAAAUAAAUGAUGAGCUGCAAGAAAUGACACAAACACUGAAUCAAAAACGUGAGGAGUACAAUGAGGUGGAUUUAAAUUUGAGGAAGCAAAGAGAUGUGCUGACUUCUCAUCAGAAUCUCUACAAUUCACUCAAAGAAAAAGUAAAUCGAAUAAUUGCAGAACAAGAAUGGGUCUCUGAUCGCAAGCUCCUCAAUCAGGUUUUGGAGCAGUACCCUAACAUCAAUUUAGAGCACUGUCACAAGCGCAUCGAACAGUUGAAAAGCCGCUCAUCAUCAAUGAAGAAAAAAGGAGUGAAUAGCAAUAUUAUGGCGCAGAUAGAACAGCAUGAAAAACACGAGAGUUCAUUGAGGACUAAAAUAAAGCAGAUAAACAAGGAUAAGGCCAAAAUUGAAGAAACUGUCCGAAAACUUGAUGAUUAUAAGAGAACAGAGCUUCUUAAAACGUAUAAGAAAGUAUCUGACGAUUUUGGGCAGAUAUUUGGAGAUCUUCUGCCGCAAGCCUACGCUAAACUCGUUCCGACUGAUCCGAAUGAUGUAACCAGGGGGUUGGAAGUACGCGUUAAGCUAGGCAACGUUUGGAAAGAGUCAUUAGUUGAGCUGUCAGGUGGCCAGCGUUCCCUAGUCGCUUUAUCUUUGAUCAUGUCUUUUCUUCAAUUCAAACCGGCUCCCAUGUAUAUUCUGGAUGAGGUUGAUGCUGCUCUCGACUUGAGUCACACUCAGAACAUUGGCCAUCUAAUCAAAACCAGGUUCAAGGGGUCUCAAUUCAUUGUGGUUUCAUUGAAGGAGGGCAUGUUUACCAACGCAAAUAGGCUAUUCAAGGUGAGAUUUCAAGAAGGAACUUCUGUGGUUACCGCAAGCUAA